CUUCAAGUUGAUUCAUCGAAAAUGGUGCAUGGACUAGAACUGGGUCUAGGCUGCUUUCUAUGGCUUCUCAUCUGCUGCAAAGUGGCCGCCCAGACCGAUACACAGCCGCGUAUCAUCAACGGCAGCGUGGCCAGGGUGGAGGAGACCAGGCAUCUUGUCUCCAUUCGCCUGAGAAAGCACGACAAUAACUUUGGCAGCGGACACAUCUGCGGCGGAGCACUUAUUGCAACCAACAAGGUGCUCACCGCUGCCCAUUGCCUCUACAACAAUGGCAGGAAACGUUACCGCAGGCCCAGCGAAUUGAUCGUGGUCAUGGGCACGCUGAACCGAUACGAACGCCCGAACGGCACCAUUGUGUCAGAGGUGAGCUCCAUGGCCUACAUGAACACAUUCAGUCCGGACAGCAUGCGCGACGAUGUGGGUGUACUCUUCCUGCGCAAGGGAUUGAACAGCCCCAAUCCGUUCAGCGUGGCGCCCAUCCAAUUGGCCAGGCAGGUCACGCCUGCGGGUCGCGUGUGCCAGGUGGCCGGCUGGGGACGCACAGAGCAGAGCACCCUGUCCAACAUUCUGAUGACGGCCAAUGUGAGCACCAUACGGGAGCAGACAUGCCGCAGCAUCUACAAGUCGGGCCUGCUGCCGGGCAUGAUGUGCGCUGGACGCCUCCAGGGCGGCACCGACUCUUGCCAGGGCGAUUCCGGAGGUCCGCUGGUGCACGAGGGUCGCGUCAUUGGCGUCGUUUCCUGGGGCUAUGGCUGCGCGGAGCCCGGCCUGCCGGGUGUCUACGUGGAUGUGCAAUACUAUCAGCAGUGGAUCGAUGAACGCAGCGGUGUGGCCCGUUCCCGAACGUCUCCUGGCCUGGGCCUCAGUUUUAGUCUGCUGUUGGGCCUCUUGACGUUUACAGCAACCAUUCAGUAUUCAUGUAGAUAUAAACCAUAAGGAUGUGCACAUUCCUGCUCUCU